AUGCGAGGCACCAAGCACAUUUCCCAAUUAGGGAAAGAACGGCUCCAAAACGAGGCCGCGGCGCUGCGCUUCAUUCGACGCAUUAGCAACAUCCCCGUUCCAAUUUUAUACGGGGCUUUCAAGGUCGACGACUCGUUCAUGUUAAUCACAGAUAUCGGCGGCGUGGUUUUGAAGGUGUUAUCGGAAGACGAGAAAAGCGUCGUUCGCACUGAAGUUGAGCAAAACAUCGCUACUCUCCGUGGGAUCAAAUCAGAUACUAUUGGUGGCCCCUCAGGGAUAGUGCUCCCGCCAUAUCGAGUAAUGAGGCCCUCGGACAGAGAUUAA